CCGAUCCAGAUCCCUCCGCCGCCGUCCCGUCCUCCCCUUCCUUCCGCCGCCCACCUCUCCCCUCACCUCCGCCACCCAUCUCUUCCCUCCGCCUCCUCCUUCCUCCAGUACCACCUCUCCAACCUCACCUCUUGCUUCGCCGCCCCGCGCCCCGCGCUCACCGAGGCACACCACUCCUCUCGCUCCUCCGCUCCGAUCCGAUUCGAUCUCGGCUUCCUCUCCAAGCCACAGGACGCGAGACCAGCUCUGGCCAUGGCGGCGACGAUCUAGUCCGUGAAGGCCCGCCAGAUCUUCGACAGCCGCGGCCGUCUUCGACGCCCCCGCCGCCUUGACCGCAGCUGCGGCGAAGCCCGCCGUGCAGCUGCGCAAGCCCGUCUUCACCACCAUCGACAAGCUGCUGCCGCAGACGCACGGCCACAACCUCACCACGCGCGUCCUCUUCGCCUGCGCUAUCCUCGACAAGCCCUCCGCCCACACCCGCGUCGCCGAAUGCCUCGUCGGAGACCCCACCGGCGAGGCGGUCUCAGAGAAGCGCCCCUGCAGCGCCGGUCGGCUGGCAUAGGGCGGAUCGACAGAUGGGCUGCGCAUUCUCGUCGUCGUCGCCGCCGAAGCGUGAGCAGCGUGCCCAGGGGUACGAGGAGCCCGUCGUCCUCGCCACCGAGACCUCCUGUGCUCACGGUAAACGAGGUGGAGGCGAUGUACGAGCUCUACAAGAAGCUCAGCUUCUCCAUCUUCAAGGACAGUCUCAUCCACAAGGAGGAGUUCCGGCUUGCGCUGUUCAGGACCAGCAAAGGGGUGAACAUCAUCAGGUCAAGCCAAGACUACACAUACGAUCUGUCCUCCAUUAUGCUAGCUUGCACGUUCCCAUUCCAUUUGCAUCAGGUCAUAUAUAGUAUUGCUAAGUAGCUAUUGUUAGGGACAGUGAUACAUGGACUUCAAUUAAGGUUUCAGAUUAGUAUUAUGAUGCUGCUUAUGUGCUAUUUAUAGCUACAGUUUGACACUAUUAAUUAGGCUUGCUGGACAUGUCAUGGUACAAGCCUUUGUCUUUUUAGCAUCAACAAAUGUUUAUCUACUGUAAAGUACUAUUAAUUAGGCUCGCUUCCUUCUGUUAGUGCAUCUACUGUUAAUUACACUUCAAAUGUAGUGUAGAUUACAAUUGUAAUUCAACAGUAAGUGUACUGCUAAACUUACUGCAUUUUCAACCACAAUUUACACUGUAGAAAUACUGAUGCUUGCAUACUCUUUUCCGUAACUGAACACCCAGGCUGUUGAUGCACCUUGUUGCAGUCAGCGAAGUUUGCGACCUUUAUGUUUAGAGACAUUGUUGGCUGAUCUCUCCUGUGAUUUGCCAAGGGAAGGUUUUUGUCUAGCCAUUUACUUAUGUGAUCAGCACCCCAUCCAUGGUCCUCUAUUUGGAGCAGCAAAUCAAAGCUUGUUUGCUGCAGAUUGUUUUAGACAUUUUCUUUAGUAAUAUCAACAAACAAAAUUAGUUGUUUGCAUCAGUUUGAUCAUUCUCACUUAUUAGUUGAGUUCUAAGUAUGUAGUAUCUUUAGUUCUCUUGUUAUAUUAUAGUCAGAAUUAUACCGUGUGACUGAAUCAUGUGUUAUUUAGUUGGCUGAGCAGUACCUUUAGUUUUCUGAUGAUUGUUCAACUCUCAACUCUUAAUAAAUAUGUGGUUGACCCUAUUGGUUCUUUCUUUCUUCAGGGCUACGACUUGAUGGUCGCAGUGCUGUUUUGCUCUGCUUGAUAAUUCUUUUACUAUCCGACCUGCUCUGCUCUUCAUAGUUUCCAGUUGGUUAUAAAACCAUAAAACAGUGGUGAUGUGAGGUCCGACUAUGGUUUGUAAUUUUGGUUUCAUCCCCCACCACUCCAGCUAGCUUCUUCUUCACAUCAUAUCAUAUUUGCACCUGCUGCUGCAUCAUGGAUUGGAUGGUCACCUACUAGCUAAGCUUGUAUUGCCAUCGAAUUAGUCAAUACUGUUUCACUUUGCUUGUUUCUUGUACUAGGUCUGUCAGUUACAGCAUAAACAAACAAAUUGCUUAGCUCUCAACUAUGAAUACAUAGCUACUAAACCUAUUCUUUCUUUCUUUCUUUCUUCAGAGCUAUGACUUAUAUGGUUCAAGCUGUUGUUUUGAUGUGCUCGAUGAUACUAUUGCUGCCUGUAUACUGAUACAUCUGGUGAUAUUUACCUAAACUGAAGUUGUGAAUAUACCAUUAUUUUCCUGCUGCUACUUAUCCCUGGCUCACCUGCUCUAGUUGGUUUCAAUUGAUAUUUGUCUCAUCCAGCACUCUGACUAUAAAUGUGUUGUUUUAAUCCGGAUGAUGAUGUUGUAGUAUAAGGUGGACACCAUAUUCCUGUUUUAAUCCAAAAGGAAUAAAGCAAUCAUGUUUGUUUGCAUGGUGUGUGUCGAUCUCAAAAUGGCGGACAAAACAUGACAAGUGAACACUUUGAGGCUCUGUUUCCUGUUCCCUGUUGUAGUUUCUGGAUUUAUUUUGCAUAUGCAGCACAUCAUCUUGAAUAAACGUGAUGUGCCAAUGUGGAGUUGCUUAAUUUGCCUUUUCAUGUAUUUGUUCAACCUACCAUCUGUAUGUAUAUGCUUAGGGUAUGCAUGAUGCCUCUGCUCUGUAUUAGAUCAGUAUGUUGAUGUUAGUAGGCAUAUAUCCAUGUAAGAGCAGUGCAUAGUGCAGUUGGCCAUAUUCUAGCUCAUAUGGAACUUCCUGUGAUAUUAUUGGUGCAGUCUUGUUUUGUUUCAUUGAUUGCUUUUAUUUUGUCCCUAACCAUUUUGUUCUAUAACAUGUAGAUGCUGACAUUCGUUCAUGUUUCGUCGCAAGCUCCAGGAUGAAGAAGUGAAGAAGCAUUUAGUUCUAGCUCAUUGGAGCUAGUUAUACUUUUAUAGAUAGUUAUAUUUUGAUAUUUGGCUGUGUUCUUGGUGGUUGUAAACUUGAUGUGAAGUAUGUUCGAUUAUAAACGUGGUGUGAACUAUGUUUGAUUGUAAUGUACCAAAUUUGGUUGUUUGAUCUGUUUGAAGUAUUACUUCUGUUUUCA